CCUUACAAUUACCUAGACAUAUUCUCGCAACGGUAAUAACCAAGAUUCCAAACCUUUCAUCUUUGCGGCAAUCUCCGAUCGCCUCAUCCGACAAUCAACAAUAGGGAAACCGGAGAUACCUCAUCGUCAAGAUGUCUUCGCCAGCCCCUAGCAACGAUGGCGACGCUCCCAAGAGCAACCAGGAGCAAAUAACAUUUCGCUUCUGCUCUGAGUGUUCCAACAUGCUGUAUCCCAAGGAGGAUGAGGACGCGCACAAGCUACAGUUCACGUGCCGAACAUGCCAGUACACCGAGGAAGCCACCUCGUCUUGCGUUUUCCGCAACGUUAUGAACAACGCUGCCGGCGAGACUGCAGGAGUGACUCAGGACGUCGGAUCGGAUCCUACGCUACCCCGAUCAAACAAAUCUUGCCCUGUGUGCAAGCAUGAGGAAGCCGUAUUCUUCCAGUCCCAGCAAAGAAGUGCAGAAACUGGCAUGAAACUGUUCUACGUAUGCUGUGGAUGCGGUCACAUCUUCCAGUAACCGAGCUCUCAAAUGAUGAGAAAUACGAAUCUCGGGUGACAAGGAUAAUGCAGGGACUUUUGAUGCGACCACUGAGGUCAUUUGAGGUAUUGCAUGGAGUUGGCG